AUGGCCAGUUCGGCUUCCCUGGAGACCAUGGUGCCCCCGGCCUGCCCGCGCGCUGGAGCGUCGCCGGCCACUUCCAAGACGCUGGCCUUCUCCAUCGAGCGCAUCAUGGCCAAGACGUCGGAGCCCCGUGCGCCCUUUGAGCCCCGGCCGGGGACGCUGGAGGCAGACGGCGGCCAGGGCAAGAAAUUGCUCAACCUUUGCUCGCCGCUGCCCUGUAUGAUCCCCCUCCAGCCCCUAGGCUACGAGGUGCCGUCCAAGACGCUGCUCAGUUACUCCGAGCUCUGGAAAAGCAGCCUCCGGGCGGGCGGCGGUGGAGGAGGAGGAGGAGGAGGAGGCGGCGGCGGCGGCGGCGGCGGCGGGGGGGCCCCGGUGUGCGGCGCCAGCGGCUUGUGCAAAACCAACUGUGGCGUGUGCUGCAAGGCCGAUCUGGGCCUGGCGCCGUCUGCGCUGCCGGCGGGCAGGGUCAUCAAGCCGCAGGUCAUCAACCAGGCGGUGGGGCUGCCGGCCAGCGGCUCGCUCUACUAUUUCAACUACCUGGACUCUGCCGCGUACCCGCCGUCUGAGCUCCUCGGAGGCCACCUCUUCCCGUCCGGCCUCCUCAACGCACAGGCCCCCGCCGCCCUGGCCGCGCACCCCAAACUCUUUUUGCUGGAGAACGCCAAGUUGGCCGGCCUGGCCGCGGACAAGUUCCCCCAUCCGGCCCCCUAUGCCCAUAAGGAGCGCUUGCCCGCGCCGCUGGAGCAAGUGCUGAAGGAGAACUCGGCCCUGACCGCCGAACGCGGCGGCGUCAAGGGCCACGGCAAGCUGCCCGGGGGCUCUGCGGACGGCAAGCCCAAAAACUUCACCUGCGAGGUGUGCGGCAAGGUGUUUAAUGCUCACUAUAACCUCACCCGCCACAUGCCGGUCCACACCGGAGCCAGACCGUUCGUGUGCAAAGUCUGCGGCAAAGGCUUCCGCCAGGCCAGCACGCUCUGCAGACACAAAAUUAUCCACACCCAGGAAAAGCCGCAUAAAUGCAACCAGUGCGGCAAAGCCUUCAACCGCAGUUCCACGCUCAACACGCACAUCCGCAUCCACGCGGGCUACAAGCCCUUCGUCUGCGAGUUUUGCGGCAAAGGCUUUCACCAAAAAGGGAACUACAAGAAUCACAAGCUGACCCACAGCGGCGAGAAGCAGUACAAAUGCACCAUCUGCAACAAGGCCUUCCACCAGGUCUACAACCUGACCUUCCACAUGCACACCCACAACGACAAGAAGCCUUUCACGUGCGCCACUUGCGGCAAAGGGUUUUGCAGAAACUUUGACUUAAAGAAACACGUGCGCAAACUCCACGAUAGCGUGGGGCCUGCCGCCCCCUCUACAAAGGACCUGACUCGGACAGUGCAGAGCUGAGAGCUACUGCCUCGCCCUCCCUUCCAGCCCCAUCCAGCCC